CCAGCGAGCGGGCGGCGAGCAGCGCAGAGCGCGCGGGGCAGCGCGGAGGGAGCGCAGCGUGCGGCGGUCGGAGCCGGAGCCGAGAGGCCGGAGCGGCGCCGCCCCCGCUGUCCCUGCGAGGCCCCGGCCGGGAGCCCGACGAGGGAGCUGGCGGCAUGGCCCGGCGGCCCGGGGCGCGGGGGCGCUAGGUCCCGGGCGGGUGCCCCGUACCUCGCCGCCGCCACCGCGCGCCGCACCGCGCGCCCGGCCCGCUCCGGCCGCCCCAGGGGCCACCGGCGGCCCAUGAGCCCCGGCCUCAAAGUUUGCGGCGGGCGGGCGGGCGCGGAGCCUCCAAGAUGCCGUUCCACCCGGUGACGGCGGCGUUGAUGUACCGGGGCAUCUACACCGUGCCCAACCUGCUGUCGGAGCAGCGCCCGGUGGAUAUUCCAGAGGACGAGCUGGAGGAGAUCCGAGAGGCCUUCAAGGUGUUUGACCGCGAUGGCAAUGGCUUCAUCUCUAAGCAGGAGCUGGGGACAGCCAUGCGCUCCUUGGGUUACAUGCCCAACGAGGUGGAGCUGGAGGUUAUCAUCCAGCGGCUGGACAUGGAUGGUGAUGGCCAAGUGGACUUCGAGGAGUUUGUAACACUCCUGGGACCCAAGCUUUCCACCUCGGGGAUCCCAGAGAAGUUCCACGGUACUGACUUUGACACUGUCUUCUGGAAGUGUGACAUGCAGAAGCUGACAGUGGACGAGCUGAAGCGACUCCUCUAUGACACCUUCUGCGAGCAUCUGUCCAUGAAGGACAUCGAGAACAUCAUCAUGACCGAGGAGGAGAGCCACCUGGGCACCACCGAGGAGUGUCCUGUGGACGUGGAGACCUGUUCCAACCAGCAGAUCCGCCAGACGUGUGUGCGCAAGAGCCUGAUCUGCGCCUUCGCCAUCGCCUUCAUCAUCAGUGUCAUGCUCAUUGCAGCCAACCAGGUGCUGCGCAGCGGCAUGAAAUAGGCACUAACGGGUGCCCGCCUGGCACACUCCACACCCACUGCUGCCUGCAGCCUUUCCCCUCAGCUUACUCUUUGGGCCACCACCCACAGGCACUUUGAGCCUGGACACUGACCACCCCAAUCCUAGCCCUAUACCCUGCCUGUGCCCCUACCUGGCCUGUCUGUAGCGUUAACUUCCCACCACCCAGGAGCUCCUGGGAAAGGAGGGGCUUUACAGGAGUCCCUAGGAUCCAGUUCCUGCUGUCAUCUUUUAGGCAGGCGAGAAACUCAUGUCCAGAGCUGUGGGUGGGGUGGAGGUGGGCACAAGGCUGGGGCUCCUGGGUCCCUUCCUCUGAUCCUCCUUAGACUCAAAGCCAGUCCUCCCACCCACCUUCUGGGGCCUGUGUCUGUCCAUUUCAGAGGUGAGGAGCCUGAGGCUGGGGGCUAAGAUCUGGCUUCAGAUUCUUCUUCCACAUGGCUUUUCAGGAAAGGCAAAUGCUCAUGCAAGAUGGGGCAUCAGAGGUAGCCAAGCCUUCCACCAAAGUCUUAGAGACCAAGGUCCAGUUGUCUCCCAGCACAGAACCUAGAAACCCAACUGAGGAGGAGAGCAGAGCCCCUGUAGCCCACAUGACUUCCCCAUUGGCCAGGGUGCAACCUGAAGGACCUGACUCCCCUGAAGAUCUGGCCUGCCCUUCUAGGGUCCCACUUCUCUGUACUCCCAAGGCCAGAGAUCCAGCUCUCAGCUCUCAUACGCGCUCCACGUGUGCCAUCCCAUUUCCUGGCACUGGUGCAGCCUGGGCAGACGCAGGGCCGAGACAGUUGGCAGAGUCCUUGGGCUUCUUUCCCUAGCCUGGGGCCACAGCCACACUGGCAUGCUCUGUGCCCAG